UGGAUAAACUACAUAAACAAUGAAUGCGUUAACGAUAUGUAGCGCGGGAAAAAAAUGUAAACAGUGAGGGUAGGUAGAAGCAAAAAUGAUGCUAAUCAUGUCAAAUACAUUUUAAUAUAAGAAGAAGUUAAAAAUGGGGGAUGCAAGCGACAGUGAACAGGAAAUUCCUCUUCCACCGCUUCCUACAAAACCACAGAAGACAUUGUUUUCUUUUUUCUUUACACCAAAGAAAAAAAACAGCAAAGCUAUAGAGUCUAGUAUGGAGAACAAUACUCAAUGCCGAAGUAAGAAUGUUGGUAGUCCUGUAAAACAGACAAAAAAAAAAAGAAGCAAUUUUUUUACAAAAGAUAAAAGUGACGAUGAUGGUGAUAGUGACGGUGAUAAUAAUACCUCUCAAAAAGCUGUUGGUAUAUUAUUUAUCAGUGAAGAUAAUCAACCCAUUCCACAAAAGCACACAGUUAAAGGUAAAAUACAAUCUUCACAAGGAAACAUAAAUAAUGAAGAUUUUUCAAAAAAUUCUAACCAAGAAUCAAGCGACUCUGCAUUAGAAUUUGUAGCAUGCGCUCUACCCACUCCAUUUCCUUGUGUUAAUCAUAUUCAACAACUAUCUGAGAAAAAAAGGCUAUUGGAGAAGCACCAUUUGUUGAGAUACCAUAGUGAGGAACAAGAGUCUGGGAAAAAUGUUUUAGAACAGUUAAAUGGAAAUAGUUUAUUAAAUUAUAAGAGCUUGCUAAAUUUAUCAGUUAUGAUAUCAAACCUUACCGCUAAAGAAUCUCCUCCGCAAAGACUUGAAGAGUGUUUGAAUCUGUUAAUGUUAGAAUAUCCGGAUUUCCCUGUCAAGAAAGUCUUCACACAAUAUUUAGUAUGCCAGAAAAAUGUAAUCACAAAAAAUUUAGAAAGAAUACGGUUGUCGAGAGCAGCCGUAGAAUCACUUUGGCAACAAAACUCGACACUUGCAUUAUCUGACAAAUGUCUUUCAGAAGCGAAUAAGGUACCAGUUAUUGAUGCUCCUGCAGUUCAUAUAAAAAAAGAAGGUAAAGACAUUCGAUCGAUGUUUCGAAAUAAUAAGAAAAAGAGAAAGAAAACACCGGAUAUCGGCGACGAAGAAAAAGGCACACAGUGUGUAGAACAAAGGUCUGAAUGGAAGUCUGAAAGAAAAAAUGAAGUGAGAUACUUGAAUGCAAACAAACCAAAGGAAGAAAGUGCAACAAUAGAGUGUGCUGAAAAUGAUGUUUCUUGCAACUCAAAUGCGAAACCGGGUGGGAUAAGCAUAACUGGUUUGUUUGGUAAGGCGCGUAAACGGUUGGAAGAAAGGAAAAGAAAACGUAAAGAUGACUUUAAUGACGAUAAUAGUAAAGAGUUUAUAGAUACUUGUGAUGAAAAUGUAUCCGCGUAUGAUGCUGGAACUAAUGAAAGUGAGUUAAAGAAAAGAAAGAAAAACAGUAUAGAAGAAGAAGAUUACACUAAAAUUCCUGAAAAAAACUUAGUUUUAAAAAAAAAUGGAAUCAGCGGACAUAAUAUCUCUUCAGUAACUUGUAGCUCUGCGUCUACGGAAGAAGCUAUUAUUGUGAGGAAGGCAUCUCUUGAAGGAAGAGACUUGAGGGAUAUUUUUUCUAAAGUAGACAAACAAAAAAACAUUACAAACUCAUUUCAAAAAGACAGAGUGAAAAAAAAAGUGGAACGGUUUGCAGUAGAAUUUAAAAAAGACCAGGGCGAGUUAACUAUAAAAGAUGUUUCCACAGUUAAAACAGGUAAUAAAGCUGGUGUAAAUGACACUGAAGGGGUUGAAUUGAAGCAAGAAAGGACAAGGGAAAAUGACUGCGGAAAUCCUUCAGAUAUACGAGUGUUAAUGAAACAAAAUGAUGAAGACACAUUUAAAGAUCAGACUAAACAAGGCAAACUUCAACCCGAUGAGCUAAAAAUGCCUGCUGCUGUUGUACCCACAUCACCAUCAACAGCAGCAGCAACAAAAACAAAACGAAAUGAGGUUGGCAAUGAUCAAAAUGCUGUUGAAGUCGUUUUAAAUUGCUUCAUAAAGACUGACAGCGAAACAAAACAAAUCCCAAGUUUCAAUGAUGAAACCAUAAUAAAAAAUGCCACAGAUGGACACAAUGAUGCUAUAGAUUGUGAUAAAAACUCAUCUAAGACUAAUACACAGAGAAAGGAUGUCAAAAGGAUUGCAACAAGUUGUAAGAAAAGCUUGGACGAGAUUACCCAUCCAAUACAGACAGAAGAAAUGGAAUGCGAAAUGACCAAUUCACCUGCUCAGACAGGACAUGAUGCCGAUAAAGCAUUGUUAACAAAAGCAGAACCUGAAUCCACUAUUGAUUCCAAAUACCUGUUGUGCAAAGAUGAAAGAGUGACGCCUUGCAAAAUAAAGUUGAAGCGUAUUAGUUCCCCAACACCAUGUGAAAUAGUAGCUGAAGAUAUCUCGCCGCGAUUGGACGAAAUUAAGAGGAAUUUAAAAAGCCCUGGUGAAACAGAAAAUAAAAUUAAGACUUUAAACCAAUCAGGAAAGAGAAGGAUCCAGAAAGAAAUUGAUAUACCAUCAAAAAGACAAAGAACUGGCGUAAAAGAGGACUUGUUUCCAAGACGAAGAUCGUUAAGAAAUCGUGACAAGAACCACUUGACUGACCCUCUUCUUGGCAAACAAAAAGACAAAGCCGAUAUAUUGCUAGAUGUAACAAUAAAACAAGAGAAUGAAUAUUGUGAGAAAAAAACAAACAAAAAAGGAAAUGUAGAAAUCCACACAAAACCAAAUAUCGGUACAAACAGCCAACUAAACACAGAAGAGUCUUCUGGUUAUUGUAGGCGCUCAAGUAGAACGCGAAAGCCAUUUAUAAAUUACUGCCACACUGAAUUUGAAGAAGUCACGCCCACUAAGCCACAAACGAAUUAUAAGUGUGGAAAGAAACAGAAGUGGGCAAAAGUUGAAAGCCCCGUUAUCCCACAAGAAAAAAAAAAGCUUCGCCCUGCCAGCGUGGAAGAGAUUGCUGUUGUUGCACCAGCCCAAGAAAUAAUGUUUUCACCUAAAAAAUCAAAAUCUCACAUUGAAGUGAUACUAAACGAGGAUGUUAUGAACUCGUUUCUUUCGUGGACCGAAAAAUAUCAACCAUCAAAAGCACGCUUUAUGAUAGGUGAUCGAGUCAAAAUCAAGAAACUGUUUACCUGGCUAAACUCGUGGAAAGAAAGACACGAGGCUAUUGUGAAAAAGAUGGCUGUCAGAGCUUUGAAAAAGCAAAAAAAAAAUUACGAGAGUGACAGUGAUUUUGAAAGUGAAGACGAUUCUGAUGAUGAGAAUGUUUUAUCAAACACUUUUCUACUUACUGGUCCUUGUGGUUGUGGCACGACGGCAGCAGUAUAUGCAUGUGCGAAGCAAAUGGAUUUCAAGGUAUUGGAAUUAAAUCCUUCUAUGUAUCGAACGGGUAAAAAAGUUUAUGAUCAAGUUAUCGAAGCUGUCGUAUCUCAUCAAGUUGGUAAAGGAAUCCAGAAAAAAGCUGUGCAGGAAGAUGAUGUGAAGGGAUCUCAAAGUAUGACAAAAUUUUUUGGCAAAGGUAAACAAGAAGAGAAGAAAGCACCAGUAAACGACGCAGAUGUUAUGUCUCUUGUGUUGUUUGAACAGGUUGAUGUUAUACAUGAAGAAUUAGAUAGAGGCUUUUGGUCUGGUCUGACAGAUUUACGAAGGUUGGCGAAAAGACCAAUUAUUCUAACAUGUAAUGAUUCAAACGUGAAUAAAGAAUGUCAUAUCGAUGGACAUGAUUGGGUGGAACACGUUUGUUUGCAACGUCCUUCUGUAGAUCAAAUAUUACCCAUGAUGCAAGUCAUGUGUUUAGUAGAACAGGUGUUUGUACCUAGCGAUUUGUUACGUUACAUCAUUAAUUUUUGUGAGAGAGACGUUCGAAAAACUAUGCUGCAAUUGCAGUUUUGGUUUGAAAGAGGCCAGCAACCUUUAUUUCAAACUUUGAAAAACAAAAACAAAAUUACAUUUGUUCCUCGGAAAAAACCUGCAGAAAAAAAUAUGGAAAAUGCUUUGAACAGAGAUACGGCGCACACUACCAACGUUCAAGCUAUCAAUGUCGGUAUUAAUAACAACUACAGCCAGGAUAUCGAGACGAAUGGAAAUGGAAUGAUACUGUCUGUGGAAAUGAAUGUAGUUUUUGAGAGUUGUGAUAACGAAAGCAAUAAGAAACAAGAACAUGAACAAUGUCAUGAGAUUGGGUGUAUAAUGGAUGCUAACGAAAAAUACGACGACGAAGAGAAUUGCGGAGAUGUUGCAAUUAAAAUUCCAGAGGUUUCUUUAAUUCCGAUUUUCCAAGAAGAAGUAUUUUUUGAUAAGGAAGAGAUUCUCAGAAAAGAAAACUUUUACAGGCUCAAAUGUACACAUUUUUCGUUUUUAAAAAAUAUGAGGGGACUGAAGACAGAUAAUUCAAGUAUUGGUAAACUUUCCAAUACAUCUGAUCUUAUAUCAAGUAUGGAUGCAUAUGUACGAAACGGUCGCACGAACUCAAAUACUGACCAGCAUAUGUGGACUGUAAAAGAACAGGAUAGUCUAACUGACAGUUUGACCAAGGAGAAAGACAUAGACGUACCGUACCCUAUUGGAGAUAUGUGUCAAUCUAUGAAAAAUACGACUGAAGAGUGUCACCGAUAUUUUACAGAACAGAAUGGACCUACGCUGUUUUACAUUCAAGAUAGACCGCGCGAGAAAUACGUGAAUUUAUACAAAUCCGUUGAGCAAAGGUUAUCUACCUCGUAUUUGAUAGACAGGAAAACAAUUUCACUGGAUAUCUUACCGUGUUUGCAUAAUAUCUGUGAGUCAGAAGAAUUGAAAAAACUGACCCAACAAAGACGAAAGAACAGAAGAUUUCUACAUUAUUUGGAUUCCAUCUUCAUGUGUUUCGAUGAACCUGUCGUGAACGAACUAAGUAAGACGGCGUUUCCAAGGUAACCCGUGUUGUCAUUUAACAUCACACUUUAUAUUUGAGAAUUUAUAUUUUGCGGAUUUUAUAAAUAAUUUUAAAUCUUUAGUCGUAUUGUAAUUUACUUUAUUUGACUGCAAAGUUGAAUAUUUUUAUUUCAUAAAUUAUAAAUAAUAAAAGUUACAGCAAA